AUGGCCAUCUGCUCCGGCGAUAACCAGAAACGAAAGGUAGCUCUUAUCACGGGCAUAACAGGCCAGGAUGGUGCCUAUUUGGCCGAGUUUUUACUUUCAAAAAACUAUGAGGUCCAUGGAAUUAUUCGUCGCUCCAGCUCGUUUAAUACAGGACGCGUGGAUCAUUUGUAUGUGGCCAGAAAAUGGACUAUGAGGUCCAUGGAAUUAUUCGUCGCUCCAGCUCGUUUAAUACAGGACGCGUGGAUCAUUUGUAUGUGGCCCAGCAGAAAAUGGAAACGCGUAUGCUGUGUUUUCAACCUACCGUUUACGUCCAUUUUCUUUCUAAAAGGCACAUUCUUCCUUCACUACGGGGACAUGACCGACAGUUCGUCCCUGAUUCGAGUGAUUAGUCGAGUAAUGCCGGACGAAAUCUACAACCUGGCUGCUCAGUCACAUGUCAAGGUAUCCUUUGAGCUGAGCGAAUACACGGGUGAAGUGGUUGCCCUUGGCACUCUGCGACUUCUGGAUGCAAUUCGCACGUGCCAUUUGGAGAAGUGUGUCAAAUUCUACCAAGCCUCAAGCAGUGAACUGUAUGGAAAAGCGGUCAACACACCACAGAACGAGCAGACUCCGUUCUAUCCAAGAUCCCCAUAUGGUGUUGCGAAGCUUUACGCCUACUGGAUCGUCGUCAACUACCGCGAAUCCUACAAUCUGUUCGCCUGUAACGGCAUCUUAUUCAAUCAUGAAAGCCCUCGACGGGGUGAAACUUUUGUGACACGCAAGAUCACGAGAGCCGUGGUUCGGAUCAAGAAAGGCCUACAGGACGUACUUGAGUUGGGCAACCUCAAUGCCGAACGCGAUUGGGGCUUUGCUGGGGAUUACGUGCAAGCCAUGUGGCUCAUGUUGCAGCAAGACGAACCGGACGAUUACGUGAUCGCGAGUGGAGAGAAGCAUUCAGUUCGAGAAUUCACAACACUGGCUUUCGAGCACGUGGGCAUUCAUAUUCGGUGGGAAGGUGAAGGCUUGGAUGAAGUUGGCAUAGAUAACGCCACCAAUAUCGUACGCGUCCGCGUGGUGCCUCGCUACUUUCGUCCUGCCGAAGUGGACUGCCUUCUCGGGGAUGGUUCGAAAGCGCGGGAAAAGCUCAAAUGGGAGCCCACCUGUAACUUUCGACAACUGAUUCAGCUGAUGGUAGACGCUGAUAUGCAGGCUCUGACGAAAGACACCUCUUAAAUCCCAUUCUCGCCCUCACAUCCUGUUUUAUCUGACUUCCUCAAAUAGGAUCCCACUUUGUUUCUCGUCUGUGAUAUCAAUGAGCCCUUACUUUUCAAUUGUCUUUGUUUCAAAAGUAUGCAUUUUCCUGACUGUUCGAAACCGGUUUAUGUUUGUUCCGCAUUUUAGCCUUCAAAAUUUUCUAACAGUUCUAAAAUGUCUAUGGCGGUGCAUUUUCGCGCUAGUAGUGUUGUUUGUGUGCUCAACUUUUUGCUCAAACCCAUGCUGGUUAUCUGUGACUGGUCUAUACUCAGGUCUAAAAGAGGAAUAUUUACAAUGAAUCUUUGGAAGGAACACUACUCAUAAAGUUUCUGAAAGUUCUUCGACUGCCCACAA